AUGGCAGCACCCUGCGAAGUGGAUGUGGCAGCCUCCUGCGAAAGUGAUGGCCAGGGCAAGGGUUUUGGAUCCUGGCUGGACAGAUGGUUGGAGGUGCUGGGAGUGGACCAAGCCAUUUAUGGUGCCUACAUCCUUGGUGUCCUGCAGGAGGAGGAGGAGGAAGAGAAGCUGGAUGCUCUGCAGGGUAUCCUGUGUGCUUUUCUGGAAGAAGAUUCCCUCCGUAAUAUCUGCAAGGAGAUUGUGGAACGGUGGUCUGAAACUCAGAAUGUUGUCACCAAAGUGAAAAAAGAUGAGGUACAGGCCAUUACUAUCCUCAUUGAGAAGCAGGCACAGAUUGUAGUGAAGCCAAGGGUAGUGUCAGAAGAGGAAAAACAGAGAAAAGCUGCCCUGCUGGCCCAGUAUGCUGAUGUAACAGAUGAAGCAGAUGAAAAGUAUGAUUCAGGUGCCACCAUGAUGAACUUUAGUUCUGACAAAUCUCUGUUUCGAAACACCAAUGUAGAAGAUGUCCUCAAAGCUCAGAAAUUGGAGCGAGACUCACUUCGGGAUGAAUCCCAAAGGAAGAAGGAAGAGGACAAGCUACAGAAGGAGAAAGACAAACUAGCCAAGCAGGAACGCAAGGAAAAGAAAAAGACACAGAGAAGGGCACGAAAGUGA